AUCCGGUUUACAAUCACAUGUGUGUACAUAAUUGUUGCCGAUCUGGGUUCUUUCCGAAGUUGCCAGCUAUUACACAACAGAAUUCGUAGAACAGUAACUUAAACCUGCGUGAAAAGGCAAAUCUACUUUGACUAACAGAGGCAGUGCUACUGAAAAUGGCCCUUUACACCUGUUUAACCUGCCGUGUGGCAUUUACUGAUCCUGACAGACAACGAGAUCAUUAUAAAACAGACUGGCAUCGAUAUAACUUAAAGCGCAAAGUUGCUGAAAUGCCUCCUGUCACAGCAGAAGUUUUCAAGGAAAAAGUGUUAUCAAGACAGGCACAGCUUCAGGAAGAUGAGAAGCAGCCAGCAGAUCUCUACUGUCUGAUUUGCAACAAACAUUUCAGAUCUCAAAAUGCUCUUGAAAGCCAUAUGCGCUCCAAAAAGCAUCUGGAGAUAAAAGCAAAAGCAAUCAACCGUGGCAUUAUCACAGAAUCAGAGCUGGUGACCAAAACCAGCUGCAAGGAAAGCAAGGAGAAUGCUGAAUCCAGCGAAGAAGAUUCAGAUGUUGAGUCUUGGGAUGGAACAGAGUCAAUGGGAAUAGAGGAGUGUCUGUUCUGCUCCCAUGUCAGCUCCUCUUUAGAGACCAACUUGGAGCAUAUGACAGUAAAACACAGCUUCUUUCUUCCAGAUGCAGAAUAUAUUAGUGAUCUGGAGGGACUUAUUGUUUACUUAGGAGAGAAAAUCUGUCAAGGCCAUAUGUGCCUUUGGUGCAAUGAGCGGAGUAAGAUGUUCUACAAUACCAGGGAUGUCCAAAAGCAUAUGUUAGACAAAGGACACUGCAAGAUGAAGCAUGACGAUCAGGUCAUGUAUGAGUAUGCAGAUUUCUAUGAUUACAGGAGUAGUUAUCCUGAUGCAGAUCAAAAAGCAGCAGCUGGAGAAGGUGAAGAAACAGCAGCUACUUUGAAGCCUCAGGAGUUAAUAGAUGAUGGCUUUGAGCUUGUGCUGCCAUCAGGAUCAACUAUUGGGCAUCGUAGUUUGGCUCGCUAUUACAACCAAAACUUGCCUCCAAAACGAAAAGAAGUAAAAAGCAUCUUGCCCAAAGUACUGGCAAAGUAUAAAGCACUUGGCUGGACUGGAUGCACAGGUGGACAGGUUGAGCAGCGAGCCAAAGAUUUCCACUUUUUGCAACGACUUAAAAACAAGCACCAUAUGCAGCUUGGUUUAAAGGCCAACCGUCUCCAAACGCACUUUAGAGACCAAAAUGCUUGAAAGCCGAGUCAAAGUACUGCUGGAUGACAGAGUGUGGACAGAAACAUAUGAAAAAUAUCCACGAGUUUCUUGGCACUUCAGCUGGAAGGAGGCAGCUCUGUUUGGGUUAUUUCCUUCUUUUUCUUCUUCUUUUUUCCUUUUUUUUAAAUACCCCCCACCCCCAACCUUCCCCACCAAAUUUUAGGGCAAACAAGCUUGACGAAAAUUUUGUUGGGCUUUAAGCAAAUUAAAAAAAAAAUAUUAACAUGUAUACAUUCUUGGGAGUUUUACUUUCCCAAAAGUAAUGUGAUCUUUCUUUGAUGGAAUGAUGAAAUAUCUGUAUAUAAUGUAUUCAAUACACAGAGUCAUGGAUCUAACAAACCUUUAAGAAGAUAUCCCUGUGACACAUUUUAGUUUUUAAAAAAGUCAAAUAGAUGACUUUUUUUUCAUCACCUGAAAAUUCAGCUUGAAGCUAUUAUCCAAGCAAAAAUGAGCCUGUCUGCACUAUGUACAUGACAAAAUGUGAAUAAACUGAUUACAAGUGUU